CUUUCUGUAUAUAGUGAUGUCAUCUACCACACAGAACUCACCUCUCUGUUUUACACCAUAGACUCAGGACCACGGUAUUUACGACAUGAGACCCAGGAGGACAAGCUGAAGAGGGAGGCAUCAGCUGGUCAGCUUGAGUUGAAGAUGGAAAAAAAAUUAAAAGAGAUAUUAAGACAGGAGAUGAAACAACUAGAGGAGAAACUGGAUGAUAUGACCCAGGAAGUGAGAGAGAAAGACACCCAACUGGAUGAUAUGACCCAGGAAGUGAGAGAGAAAGAGAGACUCCUGGAGGAGAAGAACCAGAUAAUGGAACAGAGGGAGAAACUAUUAGAAGAGAAAGAAAACCAACUGGAAGAGAAAGACAAGCAACUAAAGGAAAGAGACAUUCAACUAGAGGCUCUGAGAAAGAACCUGCAGCACAAGAACAGCCAAGUAGAGACCUUUAGAGUCCUACUGCAGGAAAAAGACCUUCAACUAGAGGACAGAAACCACAAGGACAGACUACUGGAAGAGAGAGACAGACGACUGGAAGAGAAAGAGGACCAACUAAAGGAAAAAGACCUUCAACUUGAAGACAGGAACCACAGACUGGGAGAGAAGGACACACUACUGGAAGAGAGAGACAAACAACUGGAAGAGAGAGACAGACGACUGGAAGAGAGCGACAAACUACUAGAGGGAAAAGAAAAUGAACUGAAAGAGAGGAGACAGGAAGUAGAAGAGAGGAGACAGGAAGUAGAAGAGAAAGACAACCUACUAGAGGAGAGAGAGAACCAGUUAAAGGAGAGAGACAAACAGGUGGAGGAUGUCAACAAUGAAAAUGCUGAACUGGCUCAACAGAUAUGUGAUGUGAAGACUGAGGUAGAGAGACUGAGAAGAGAGAUCUCAGCCCAGAUGACUGAACAUGGAGAGAUGGCAGAUACAGGUUCCAUACUCCCAGUCAGGAGGAGAGACAGCCUGGACCUUCCUCCACUUAUGGGAGGAGAGACCUCAGAUACAGACCCUACACUUCCACUGAGGAGGAGAAACAGCAUGGAGUUAAAUCCUCCAUCUAUGGGAGGAGAGAGCAGCACUCCAGACUCCCCAGUGUCUCCCAGUGUGUCUGAGCUGAGACUGGUGCUGCUGGGGAGGACUGGGGCUGGGAGGAGUGCAGCAGGAAACACCAUCCUGGGCAGAGAGGAGUUUGGGGCCCAGGCCAGCCCCUCUGCAGUGACCCAGAGGAGUAAGAGGAGAGAGGGGGACGUGUGUGGGAGACGGCUGGUGCUGGUGGACACUCCAGACUGGUUCUGUCCUGGACAGGAUGUGGGGCUCUGUGUCCGUCUGUCUGCCCCGGGACCCCACGCCUUCCUCCUGGUCAUACCAGUGGAGCCCUCUAAGGGGGAGGAGAGAGGGGUGCUGGAGAGAAUAGAGGAGAUGUUUGGGGAGGGUUGUUGGGAACACACUGUGAUUCUAUUCACCCAUGAUGAUGGACUGAAAGAGCAGAGCAUUGAGGAGUUUCUCCAAGCAGGAAGUCAGGACCUCCAGCAGCUUGUAGAGAAAAGUGGGAGCAGGUACCACGUCCUCAACAUUAAGGACAGGGCCCAUGGCACUCAGGUAUCAGAGCUGCUGGAUCAGGUAGAGGAGAUGGUGGCAGGAAACAGAGAGAGAUUCUACAGCAGUCAGACCUACCAGGAGGCAGAGGACCAGGUUAGAGAGAUGGAGGGAAAGAUCCAGAGAGAGAGAGGAGAGAGGAAACAGAGGGAGGAGAGAGACUUGAGAGAGAGGCUUCAGAAGGAGUUGCAGGACUCUCUGAUAAAGAUAGAGGGAGUGAUCCAGGAACAUGAGGGAGAUAUCAGAACACUCAGUGAAAGAACCAGUGAACUGGAGAGACAGGUGAAAGAAGAGAGGGAUGAGGAGAAGAAAAGAGAGCUGGAGAGGGAGCUGAAGAGGGAGUCUGAUAGGAGGGAGGAGAUGGAGAGAAAGCUGGAGAGAUUUAGAGAGAAGAGAGAGAAUGAGAGGAAGGAGAUGGAGGAGAGACACAGACAGGAGAUGGAGAACUAUGAAGGAGAAGCCAGAGUUGAAGCAGAAAGAAACCUGAUGAAGAUUGUCCUGCCUGAGUUACAGAGGAACAUCAUGAUCUCACAGACAAAGAUGCAGAGGGAGUUCAGCAGACAGAUGGAGGAGAAGGAUAGAGAGAUGGAGGAGAAGGAUAGAGAGAUGGAGGAGAAGGAUAGAGAGAUGGAGGAGAAGGAUAGAGAGAUGGAGGAGAAGGAUAGAGAGAUGGAGGAGAAGGAUAGAGAGAUGAAGGAGAAGGAUAGAGAGAUGACGGAGAAGGAUAGAGAGAUGGAGGAGAAGGAUAGAGAGAUGGAGGAGAAGGAUAGAGAGAUGGAGGAGAAGGAUAGAGAGAUGAAGGAGAAGGAUAGAGAGAUGACGGAGAAGGAUAGACAGAUGGAGGAGAAGGAUAGAGAGAUGGAGGAGAAGGAUAGAGAGAUGGAGGAGAAGGAUAGAGAGAUGGAGGAGAAGGAUAGAGAGAUGGAGGAGAAGGAUAGAGAGAUGGAGGAGAAGGAUAGAGAGAUGGAGGAGAAGGAUAGAGAGAUGGAGGAGAAGGAUAGAGAGAUGAAGGAGAAGGAUAGAGAGAUGACGGAGAAGGAUAGAGAGAUGGAGGAGAAGGAUAGAGAGAUGGAGGAGAAGGAUAGAGUGAUUGUGGAAAGGGAUGGAGAGAUAGAGGAACUGAUAGAAAGACUGUGGGAAAUGUGUAAAUGAGUUAUUGUAACUCGCCUGAAGAAGUGCUGGGAUACAUGGAGAGGUAGAAGAAGGGAGAGGAAGAAGACAGGGAGAACUGAUGAAGAUCUGAGGAAUGUUUGGGCAGAUGUAACCUAGUUCACCAUUUCACUGAAUUGGCCUGACAACGAGGUUAGAGAUGAGAUGACUUUUUCAUGGAGGGAUUUGAGAAGCUGGAGAUAAUAACAUGAUAUUUAUCUGACAAUGUAAGGCCAACCUGAUAGUCUGUCCUGUGAUGAGUGUCAUGGUGGGAUAACAGGUCAGACUACUGAUCCUGUCUCGGUCCAAAUCUGUACUUCUGCCCCUGAGCAAGGCACUUAACCGAAUGAUCUCCGGGCGCCCCCUCCGGAUGUCGAUUAUGGCAGCCCCCCCCCCAGAGGGGUCAGGUUAAAUGCAGACACAUGGGGGGGUCAGGAGGUCAGCGGGCGGAGUCAGCGACUGAGAACUCUAAAGAUCUGAGUGAGACUUUUACUCAGUGUUUGAGGAGGUCUACUAUUGAACAGAGAACCAUACUGUAUCUACCACACACUACUUCCUGUUCUUAUUCAAAUUGUUUCAUGUUGAAACUUUUGUCUCCUACUUUUAUAUUUUCUAUGCUGUGUUCUAGUUUAUAUUUUCUAUGUUGGUGUUUGGUAUGGUUCCCAAUUAGAGGCAGCUGGUAAUCGUUGUCUCUAAUUGGGAAUCAUAUUUAAAUAACGGUUUUUCCCACCUGUGUUUGUGGGAUAUUGUUUUGUGUUUGUGCACCACGUAGUCACGCUUCGGUGAUCGUUUAUUGAUUUAAUGAUUUACGACAUUUAAAUGGCUCCUUGUGGUUCGGUGAACCAAGCUGGUGUAAUAAAUCACCAUAUCUGACACCUGAAGACUGGUGGAAGCCAACACAGUCUUCUGAUCCACACGAGACUCUGGCUCCAAUCUGUCCCUAAGAGUUAUUUAAUGUUGAGGAGAGUGAGAGGUCUACAGAUGUCACGCCCUGACCUUAGUUAUCUUUGUUUUCUUUACUAUUUUGGUUAGGUCAGGGUGUGACAAGGGGUGGUUUGUUGUGUUUUUUGUCCUGUCUAGGGUUUUUUGUCCUGUCUAGUGUUUUUUGUCCUGUCUA